GGGCCUCCCAAAGUGCUGGGAUCACAAGCAUGAGCCACCGAGCACAGCCGAAAAAGUCUUUUUGUAUACUGAAGUCUCCACUAGGACAAAAAUUUGCUCUUAAGGCUUCCUUUGAGACACAUACACACACACACACACACACACACACACACACACACACACACAGCUUUUGAUUAUGCCCAUUAGGGACCCAAGCCUUGGGACACAGGGACCAGAAAAUGACAAGAGCAUGCAGGCAGUAGUAAACUCUGGUUAUACUUAAAAUGGGAACAAAAAUGUAUGCCUAUGAUCCGGACUGAUCAUAUAAAACCAUGGAUCCUGAAAGUACGUUCCCUCUUUGCAAGCCUUAAUGACUGGCAUCACGCACAAAUAGGCCUUUCAGUUUCUGAACGCAGAUAUUUUCAAGGAACUCCGAGGCCCAGGAGAGCCAAAGUUUUUCUCCAUGGAAGGGCAGACUACUAGCCUCCCCCCCUUCCCCUCUGCGUUCUUGCCUCUUUCUAGAAGGAGGCUGAGAGGGGGAAGCCUGAACCCCCAAAUCAAGUCCGCUUUCUUUCUCUGUGCCUGACCCAGGGCAAAAUAAUCUCUCUGAUCCUGUUCUUGACCAUUGAAAAAGCACUUUCUCUGGUCGGGGUACUACUGGCACUUUACAUGGGGGGCAGUUUAACCGCAGGAGUCCGCUUUCUGAAAGGUGCAGAGGGAGGGGGAUUCCGCCACCAGCCGACUGAGAGGAGCCCCGGCCCCGCGUGGUCCCUCCCAGCCACCCUCCCUCUGGGAUUAGCUGCCCUGGCUCUGCUCUAGGCGUCCCCAGCCCGUGCAGUCGCGGCUCGCGCACCACCAUCGCCUCUGCAGAGAGCGGCCGCAGCCUGGAGCCCGUAGCCCGCAGAGCCGCGCUGUCCAGGGCAUCCCGGUGCACGGCGUCCGUGGACCUGGGACCUCGAACCUGGGACGGGCGCAAAAUCCACCGGGAACACUUGCAUUUCCGUAGGAAAAAGGAAAUGAAACCAGAGACAGAGGGAAGCUGAGCGAAAAUAGACCUUCCCGAGAGAGAAGGAAGCCCGGGGAGAGACGCACGGUCCCCUCCCCGCCCCCAGGCCGCCGCCCCCUCUCUGCCCUCGGCGGCGAGCAGCGCGCCGCGACCCGGGCCGAAGGUGCGAGGGGCUCAGAGCGGCCGGGUGGGCGCGCACCAUCCCCACGGGCGGCGCGGAGCCGGCGACAGCGCGCGAGAGGGACCGGGCGGCGGCGGCGGCGGCGGCGGGACCGGGAUGGAAGGGAGCGCGGUGACUGUCCUUGAACGCGGAGGGGCGAGCUCGCCGCCGGAGCGCCGGAGCAAGCGGAGGCGCAGGAGCGGCGGCGGCGGCGGCGCCCGAGCACCCGAGGGGGUCCGAACCCCGGCAGCCGGCCAGCCCCGCGCCACAAAGGGAGCGCCCCCGCCGCCCGGCACCCCGCCUCCCUCCCCAAUGUCCUCGGCCAUCGAAAGGAAGAGCCUGGACCCUUCAGAGGAACCAGUGGACGAGGUGCUGCAGAUCCCCCCGUCCCUGCUGACAUGCGGCGGCUGCCAGCAGAACAUCGGGGACCGCUACUUCCUGAAGGCCAUCGACCAGUACUGGCACGAGGACUGCCUGAGCUGCGAUCUCUGUGGCUGCCGGCUGGGCGAGGUGGGGCGACGCCUCUACUACAAACUGGGCCGGAAGCUUUGCCGGAGAGACUAUCUCAGGCUUUUUGGGCAAGAUGGUCUCUGCGCAUCCUGUGACAAGCGGAUUCGUGCCUAUGAGAUGACAAUGCGGGUGAAAGACAAAGUGUAUCACCUGGAAUGUUUCAAAUGCGCCGCCUGUCAGAAGCAUUUCUGUGUAGGUGACAGAUACCUCCUCAUCAACUCCGACAUAGUGUGCGAACAGGACAUCUACGAGUGGACUAAGAUCAAUGGCAUGAUAUAGGCCCGAGUCCCUGGGCAUCUUUGGGGAGGUGUUCACUGACGACGCCGUCUCCAUGGCAUCUUCGUCUUCACUCUUAGGCACUUUGGGGGUUUGAGGGUGGGGUAAGGGAUUUCUUAGGGGAUGGUAGACCUUUGUUGGGUACCAAGACAUAGCAUCCAAGUGGCAUAAUUCAAGGGCUGACCCUUCAAGGUGACAGAAGGACCAGCCCUUAAGGGAGAACUUACGGCCACAGCCCAUCCAUAGUAACUGACAUGAUUAGCAGAAGAAAGGAACAUUUAGGGGCAAGCAGGCUCUGUGCUAUCAUGAUGGAAUUUCAUAUCUACAGAUAGUUGUUGUGUGCAGACUUGUGACUUUGACGCUUGCAAACUAGAGAUGUGCAAUUGAUUUCUUUUCUUCCUGGCUUUUGUAACUCCCCUGUUUCAAUCACUGUCCUCCACACAAGGGAAGGACAGAAAGGAGAGUGGCCAUUCUUUUUUUCUUGGCCCCCUUCCCAAGGCCUUAAGCUUUGGACCCAAGGAAAACUGCAUGGAGACACAUUUCAGUUGAGAAUGGAAACCACACCUUUUAACCAAAACAAUUAUUUAAAGCAGUGCUGAUGAAUCACUGUUUUUAGACACCUUCAUUUUGAGGUGAGGAGUUCCACAGAUUGUUUCUAUACAAAUAUCUUAAAAAAAAAGUUGUUCAACUAUUUUAUUAUCCUAGAUUAUAUCAAAGUAUUUGUCGUGUGUAGAAAAAAAAAAACAGCUCUGCAGGCUUAAUAAAAAUGACAGACUGAAA